AUGUACGACUGCAUUGCCUUACCUAAUAGUAUUGAAGGAUCAGCCAAAGAAGGAGGAAGGGGACCAAGCAUAUGGGAUGAGUUUGCUAAAGAUUUUCCAGGAAAAAUUGAUGGUGGUGGAAAUUUGGAUACAGCAAUUGAUUCAUAUAAGCGAUACAAGGAAGAUGUGAAGUUUUUGAAGGACCUUGGAGUGCAUUCUUAUAGAUUUUCCAUCUCCUGGACCAGAAUUUUGCCUAAUGGGUCUUUGAGUGGUGGAAUAAACCAAGAGGGUAUUGAUCACUACAACAACCUGAUCAAUGAAUUGCUACUAAAUGGCAUUACACCUUCUGUGACUAUAUUUCACUUUGAUUCGCCACAAGCCCUGCAAGAGAAGUAUGGAGGCUUCUUAAGCCGCUCAAUCAUUGAUGACUUCAAGGCCUAUAGUGAAAUUUGCUACAAAAAAUUUGGAGAUAGGGUCAAACAUUGGAUUACAAUCAAUGAGCCAUAUAUUAUCUCUUAUUUCGGGUAUGAUCUUGUGCUUGCUGCAUCAGGCAGGUGCUCUCUACCAGGGCCAUCUGGUCCAUGUCCAGCCGGUAAUUCAUCUACAGAACCUUACAUUGUAGCCCUUAACCUUCUCCUUGCCCAUACUGCAGCUGCUAGGCUCUACAAAAACAAGUUCCAGGAAACACAAGGAGGACAAAUUGGAAUUAGUCUUGUGGGACAAUAUUUUGAGCCAUAUUCAAAAUCAUCAGAGGAUAAAGCUGCUGCAAAAAGAGCUCUUGACUUCAAUUUAGGAUGGUUCUUGAAACCAUUAGCGUUUGGUCGUUACCCAAGAAUCAUGAGACGUUUGGUGAAGGACAGGCUACCCACUUUCACAAAAAAAGAGAAAAAAAUGAUCAAGGGGUCUUUUGAUUUUAUUGGCAUCAAUUAUUAUACUUCAAGGUAUGCUAAAAACCUCCUACCAGAUCUACAUGCAACACCUGAAUACAGUACUGACUACUUAACAAAUACCACAGCUUAUAAAGAUGGAGUUCCUAUUGGUCCUAGGGCAACUGAAAGCUCUUAUAUUUACCUUUAUCCGAUAGGGCUGCAGAAACUUUUGGAGUUUGUGAAUCAUAAGUACCGAAAGCCCACAAUAUACAUUACUGAAAAUGGAAUUCCUGAAAAAAGGGACGAUAGCCUUGAACUUACUGAAGCACUAAAGGAUCCACAUCGAAUCAACAAUACUAUCCAACAUCUUCAUAAGAUCCACGCUGCAAUGCAGAAUGGUGUGAAUGUUAAAGGAUACUUCCAUUGGACUAUAUUCGAUGACUUUGAAUGGGGGGAGGGCUACAGUGUGAGAUACGGGCUUUACUACAUCGAUUACAAGGACAACUUGAAGCGCAUUCCCAAACAUUCUGCUUUGUGGUUGAAGGAUUUCCUAAAAUAAAUGCAAUAAUAGCAAAGCUUAUAAAAAGGUCUCUUGUGCCUCAAAUAUGUAUAUAUUAGUUGAUAACCUAUAUAAUACA